AUGCUAUCAAGCGAGUACUCGGUUACUGAGGCUCGAGUAAGUGAAACUCAUCAUUUACGGUAUUAUAUUGUACAAGAUGGAUCAAGUGAGAAUCAAGUGAAUGAUAUGAACGGAUCAGAAGGGCAGAUGAUGGGGCAGCAGCUUCAGAUGGCUGUGCCGCCAGUGGACUUUCACUUGGGGUUGAUACGCAAGAAAAUCGCUGAAAUUGAACGAAUUCAAUUGGAGAGAAUUGUGAUCGGUGUGGAGUAUUGUUAUCAUGUGGUGAUUGAUGCGAACGAGUAUUCAGUAGAACGAUUUGAAGAGUGUUUUGGAGAGCGUUUAAAGUGGAUUCUCUGUGAUGAUCCAUUCAAUAGUGCUGUUGAGUUGUUGAGUAAGUGCAAUUCUAAUAGACGACAACGACAAAUCACAAAAAAAUCUGCAUUUGAGAGUAAAAAUUGGAGAAAUAUCUUUGAAAUUGGACCGAGAAGAACAUUCACGACAGCAUUCAGUACGAAUGCAGUGGCCGUAUGUCAGGCAGCUGGAAUCGAUGGAGUACGCCGUUUGGAAAGAUCAGUGCGUUAUGAGAUAGGAAUAAUUGGUGGAGGUGAUCAAGAAGUAUUGUUGAGCGAUCGUGAGCAGAUCUUGGCGAUGCUUCACGAUAGAAUGACUGAGUGCGAGUAUGAACACGAUGCGGAGAUGUGUUUCGAGAGAUUCGAUGUGCCUGAGCGAUAUUUCGAGGUGGAUCUGAUGAGUGCAGCCGAAAAUCUGCGUGCUGCAAACGAACAACUUGGAUUGGCAUUUGAUGAAGCGGAUUUGGAUUACUAUUAUGAUCUAUUUGUGAAUAAACUCAAACGCAAUCCAACCGACGUCGAAUUAUUUGACUUAGCACAAUCGAACAGUGAACAUAGCAGACACACGUUUUUUAAAGGUGAAUUGAUAGUGGAUGGUGUGAAACGUGAUAAGACAUUAUUUGAUAGUUUACGUGAAACGCAGAUUUAUUCAAAUGCGAAUAAUAUUAUUGCCUUCUCAGAUAAUAGCAGUGCAAUAGAAGGUUUCGACGUUUUCAAUCUGUUAUCAUUAUCACCGUGUAGUGUGUCUGAAAUUGCUGCGAUACAAUCCAAACGACAUAUCAUUUAUUCAGCCGAAACACACAACUUCCCAACUGGUGUUUGCCCAUUUCCGGGUGCAGCAACUGGUACAGGUGGACGAAUUCGUGACAUUCAUGCGACUGGUCGAGGUGCACACGAGAUAGCUGGUGUUGUAGGGUAUGCAUUUGGUAAUAUGCAUUUAGAUGGCUAUGCAUUGCCGUGGGAAGAGGAGCACUUCAAAUACGAUCGCAAAUUCGCUCAUCCUCGAGAUAUAAUCAUUCAAGCGAGUAACGGUGCAAGUGAUUACGGCAAUAAAUUCGGUGAGCCGGUUAUAUGUGGCUUCAGUAGAUCGUUUGGGCAGAGAAUAGCUGACGAACGAUGGGAAUACGUGAAGCCAAUACUGUUCUCGGGCGGUAUCGGUAGUAUUGACGAGGCUCAGAUCAAGAAGCGACGACCUGAACUCGGCACUUUAGUGGCGAAAAUCGGUGGACCAGCAUAUCGUAUUGGUCUGGGUGGAGGGGCUGCAAGUUCGGUGAAAAUUCAAGGUGAUGAUGAGAGACGUGAUUCGGAAUUGGAUUUCGGAGCGGUUCAACGUGGCGAUCCAGAAAUGGAGCAGAAAUUACAUCGAGUGAUUCGAGCGUGUGUCGAGUACGCUGAAAACAAUCCGAUUCUAUCGAUACACGAUCAGGGUGCAGGUGGCAAUGGUAACGUUCUGAAGGAGAUCGUUGACGAUGAAGAAUGUGGUGGUGCCGUAUUGCAUGCGUGCAACUUCCCGAGGGGUGAUCAAACGCUGUCGAUUCGUGAGCUCUGGGGUGCGGAAUAUCAAGAGAACGAUGCGAUUCUCUUGGAUGCGAGCAAUGUAAACCUGAUUCAACGCAUUGCUAAACGUGAAAAAUGCUCAGUUUCUGUGGUCGGUGAAGUGACUGGAGAUCGCAAGGUUGUUUUGCUAGAUUAUGAUUCAAGCAAUACCGAUAGUGCUCCAGUGAAUCUCGAUUUAGGUGUUCUUGGGCAAAGGGCACCCAAGGUAUUUCAUUUAAAAACUAUACCUCGCACUAGCGUGCAAUUGAAAGUGCCCUCAACGUUAUCGACUCAAGACGCGUUGGCGUUAGUGUUGCGUUUACCAUCGGUUGCUUCGAAGCGAUUUCUGACGAAUAAGGUGGAUCGAUCAGUAACUGGACUGAUUGCACAGCAGCAAUGCGUUGGACCAUUACAGACACCACUGGCCGAUGUGGGUGUUGUGGCGCUGUCCUAUUGGAAUAACUUAGGUGGCGCAGUGGCUGUCGGAGAGCAGCCGGUAAAAGGAAUGCUGAGUGCAGAGGCUGGUGCUCGAAUGUCACUAGCCGAGGCAUUAACGAAUCUCGUUUUCGCACCAAUCACUCACCGAAAAGUAAGUUUUGAGUAG